AUGUCAUUAAAUAAUUUGGUUUGUAUAGUUACUGGUGCUAAUUCAUUGAAUGGUAUAGGACGAGCAGCUGUUUACGCUCUUGCUAGAAAGGGAGCUCGAGCUAUUUAUGCUACUGAUAUUGAUACUACUCAUCUUGAUAGUUUAGCAGAUGCUGUUUACAAAGACAUAGGCGUUGUAUGUCAUGCAAGAUAUAUGGAUGCUAGUUCUGAUAAAGAUAUUCAAGACGUUAUUAGCAAUGCUUUAGACACCUAUGGUCGACUCGAUGUAUUUUUUGCGAAUGCAGGCGUUGCUGGUGCACAUCCUAUGGCAACUGAAACAGAAGAAGAAUUUAUGGAGAUGAUACGAAUCAAUACAUGGAGUGUUUAUGCUGCUAUUAAAUAUGCCUCUAAAGCUAUGCAAAGGACUUCAAAAGAAAAGCCGGAAAGUGGGGGAUCCAUUAUUGCAACAGCCUCAGUUGCUGGUGUUCGAUCUGGCGCUGGUCCAGUUUCUUAUUCUGCGUCAAAAGCUGCUGUUAUUAACAUUUGUCAAUCUACUGCUUGGAGGUUGCGUGGAACAAAUAUACGAGUGAAUGCAGUUUGCCCAGGUCUUAUUUCAACUAGUAUGACUGAAAUGCCAUUAGAUAUUAUAAGAGAUGAUGACGAGCAUAGUGCUGCUAUUGAUCGUAGCAAUCCAUUAGAAAGAAUAGGUCUACCACUCGAGGUUGCAAAUAUGGUUGCAUUUUUGGCCAGUCAUGAAUCAUCUUUUAUAAAUGGACAAGAUAUCAAAGUUGAUGGUGGCCUUACAGCAUCUUUACCUUGGAUACCUCUAUUUGCUGAUAAAUAAUAAUGAUUUUUUUUUUUUUUUGUACAAAUUUGUUAUGUAUUUGUUAAAUUCAUAAAAAUAUAAACUAUUCCUCAAAGUAUUCACUAUAAUGUAAUCAUAUUCUAUCAAAAAAAUAACUUUCAACAUAGAUAUAUAUGUUUAUAUGUAUGUCAUUAUAAUAGUAGGAAUAAAGCUCUAAUAAUAUACAAGCAAACAAACAAAAAAAAAUCACUAUUACUCGCCACCAUUAUAUACAUAACUG